AAAGAUAAACGACCAAGAGUAGAGGUAUGUAGUAGUGAUUUUCAAACAAAAAGCAUCUUUAAAUAACAAANUUUUCUCCCCCCCCCCCCCCCCCGACCUGUUUCCUUGAUUGCCUUCUGAGUUCCUGAUGAGACAAGGCUUUCAACCUUUUGUUGACAUAGGAUGUUUUUCGUUUUUAAGGAUGAGCUCAUCCUAUCUUAUUUUAUCGUUUAGACCGGGGUAACAUGAGUUUACAAUAGUAGACGGAUUAUGAUAGGUAGGUCACUCAUUUUUACAGCUAUCACCAGAGGAGGAGCUGGAAAUAAGAACCUGCCUAGCAGCGAUUGAAAUGGAGGAAAAGAAAAAGGAAAUCGAGGAAAAAGAAAAUGGAUUGAGGGUGAAAGAAGAAGAGUUAAAGCAAAAAGAAAGAAAAAGCGAAAUUGAGGAAAAAGAAAAAGAGUUAAAAGAGAAAGAAGAAAAAUUAAAACAAAAGGCAAAAGUAAAAAAAAAGACCACAAUGGAAGCCAAACGGGUGGCUGCCCAGCUCCAACUUAUGGCCUGGCAGCUUGACCGUUUGGCCAACCGCGUUCUUUCAGAAGUGAAGAAUUAAUAAUUUAAUUUAUAUUUAGGCAAGUAAAAGCCUUAAGUUUGGAAUGUUGUUGUUCAUUGCAUAAUUACAACAUUGGGACAACCUAAAUAUACAGUAAUUGGCCUUUUACUAUUUUUAAAAGGCCUUGUUUUGAUAACAUUACCCCGGAAAGAGUUUUUCCCUUGCGCACACCUAAAGCCUUCAGUUCUGACACCCAUGAUUAGGAUUCCCGACUACAAUUCGCUCACCUGUUGUGACAAUGACUAAUUACAUAAUAAGAAAAUGGUCAUGCAUCUCUCUAACUGUUUUACCGCCUUCUACUCUUCUAAACACAAGCUAUUUUCCUGAUAAAUUGUCAGUUCAAUGUUUUUUUUAAAAAAAACAGAAUCCUCUGUACUUCACUUAAGGCCGUAGUCAGGAGUCACAGGGCCCUACUGUUAUAGUGUAACAAGCCAGUCUUAUUCUUUUCAGUUUUUCUGAUAUUAUUUCUAAAAUGCACAUAGCUACACUAACUACUAUUUUCUUUUAGGCGAAUAUAAUAACUUUAUUAACAGCUUUAGGGAUGAUCCUUGGCGAUUUCAAUGUUGAGCUUCAUAGCGCUUCGAAUUCUCUCCAAUCGCAUUGUGUUGAAGUUAUUAUCGUAGAAUGGAACAAAGAAAAAGACCUAAAAGAUAAAAUGAGAAAAAAAAGAUCACAUGAAAACUGUAUUUGUCAUGAAUAAAAAAUGAAUUCAUGGGUUAUUAGUAACUUUUUUAGGGAUGUUACUAAAACAGGGAACAGGGAACGGGGAAUGGGGAACAGGGAGUGGGGACGAGACAUGGGAAGCGGAAAAAGAAAAAUGGGAACAUAACAGAGAAUUUAAAAUGAAGUUCCUGAUACUGGGGCUAGAUUUCAAGCUACAAUCACAGACAAAAUUAGUUGGGAAGGUUGUACAACUUAACAGUAGUCCAUUUUAAUCCUGAAAAAACAGAGUUUUCUCUUUUGCUAAAUAUCCCCCGUCCCCCCUAUUCAAUGUUGGGAUAUAACAGAACAAUUGCGCGCACAAACAUUAACGUUUUGAUCAACAUUGGGCCAGGGGUGGGGGGAGGAAGAAAAAGAAGAGGUAAAAAAUGCAACCUUCCCAACACUUUUGACGAUGAUUGUAAGAGAAUAGGAAAUCAACUUUAAACGCUUAUAAAACUUGUCGCAUUUAACAUUUGGUUGAGAUAUCUCGCCCUGGAACUGUACUGAUAAUGCACUUUCCAAACUAUAUAAAAAAUAUAAUAAAGGUUAUAUUUCGGUAAAAUCAUAAAUACAUGUAGGAGAAUUUUGCAUCUGACGCGCGUGACAUUUCAUAGCGUGACCACAAAAUCCACUAGGUGAAAUCGCUUUCUUCUAAGAACGCCAGAAGAAAACAUUUAAGGCCUUUAAUUUUCCUCAUGAAGCAAGAGGACGUUUCCUUCGCGUGGACUAUGUAGAAGGAAUGGCCACAGGUUGUCUGUUUCACCAGAUUUAGCGAAAAGUCAUGAGAGUAUUUUUAAGUCAAAAAAUACUAUACGAUUACAGUCGUUGUCAUGUAUACAUGCAUCUUUUUCAUCAGCGGUAUUAUUCCUGGUUAACUUUUGCUGUUUCCUAUCAGCCAAAUGUUUUGAAAGAUGUUACAAAUAGAAAUGGCAUAAAGGCUGCCACAAUAAAGUUUUUUUUUUUCAUUCCGGCGGUGUUAAACUAUCCUAGAAAAACAUGAUGUUUGUAGUUGCGAGGGAGGAGUGAGAUAAGUGCUGAAUUAAAAUCUUCUAGACUUUAUUUUCGUAAGGCCUGAAGGUAAUACGGAACCUCUAUAAAAGAGUUUAUUCAGCCAUGUUCAGAGUUCAUAUAGAAAUUGCUGUGCUACCGUCGCCUGUCAAUCAUUCAGAUAAUUUGAGAACAGUAAACAACAUGGGUUUCCACAUUCCUCCACCACAUUACUCCAUAAGAAAAUGCGAAAUAUAUGCUCAAUGAACCAACUUUCAAACAAGAAAAGGGCAAAAACAUGUAAACCAUGUAAGAAUAUGGACAGCUUUUGUCGCAUUUAUCUACGGGGAUAAAUUUAACAACUGUUUCCCAACAUUACUCCAUUUAAACAGUGCCCUAUAAAGGUCAAUUAGCAAAGUUAGUUUAAUUUUAACGCUACCCAUGGAGUAAUGUCGUAUUUUACUUAGAAUUAAGCUAAAAUGUCUAUUAAAAUUCGUUUGGUUAAGUCCUUGCAAAGCCCCGAACAAGUCAAUUAGGCUAUUUUGUCGUUAGCGCUACUAUAAAGGAAUUAUUUUCGGCUACGAAAAUGGAGUAAUGUGGUGUGUGAUGACUUUGCGUGUGUUAUCCUUUUUAAUUAGGUUAACGAAGACAAUAGACGCCUUAAUCUAAAUCAAGAGCGUACUUUGUUCUCGUUUUCUGAAACCAGUUUCGAAAAGCGGUGCCACAAGGGCUUAACUAGAGUUAUUCAGCCAGAGAAAGUAGCCUCUAGAAUUCAGCAAAUUUCCACUCAGCCUCAUAGUUUGCUCGCGUGGCAAAUGGACAUGUGCUGAAUGUUGUAAAGAAUGGGGAGCUGCUAAGGAAUAUGUCAGCUGCAAUGUAGCGAUCCGAAUGAUUUUUUGGGGAACUGGUGAACGCACUAUAUCUUGCUUUAACAUUUAAAACAUAUCAGCCUAUGCUAUAGUCAAUAGCUUUCACCGAAAAUAAUCUUGCAUUUGUAUUUUGGCUCUUCCUGUGCCCCGGAAAGAGCAAUAGUUGUACUUACCGGGUUGCAAAACAUGCCGAAUAUAAACAGGCGUCUGCGCCAAAAAUUGUCUUAACAAGGUACGGCAAAUAUCUUUUUUCAACAGAGUACUGUUUACGAGUGUUUUUUGAAGACGUUUCUACUGACAAAAAGUCGUCGAUUUUUGACCUUUUACUGCCACACCCAGAAUUUUCAGACAAUCACAGACAAAAUUAGUUGGGAAGGUUGUACAACUUAACAGUAGUCCAUUUUAAUCCUGAAAAAACAGAGUUUUCUCUUUUGCUAAAUAUCCCCCGUCCCCCCUAUUCAAUGUUGGGAUAUAACAGAACAAUUGCGCGCACAAACAUUAACGUUUUGAUCAACAUUGGGCCAGGGGUGGGGGGAGGAAGAAAAAGAAGAGGUAAAAAAUGCAACCUUCCCAACACUUUUGACGAUGAUUGUAGGUCUCUUUCCAAUUUUCCUUUUUGCAUUCCUGGUGCUCGUUCCCACUUCCAGUUCCCUGUUUUAGUAAUAGUAAUAAUAUUUAAUAAUAGUCAUUGCUUUUAUUGCACAUUUUAACACUAAAAGAUAUGAUCAAAUGCGCAUAACACUUGAACAAGACUAAAACAAAAGAUAUAUUACAUACUCUCUAUAUACUAAAGCUUAAUCAGUUGUUACAUUUCCUUCCUAAUAGGUAAUUUAGCAUAACUCAUAACAAGUAAGAAGUAAAAAGAGAAGAUAAAAGUAGAAAAUAAAAACCUAUGAUAGCUCAAGACAGGUCGCUAUAGGCCUCUUUAAAAUAGUGCGUCUGAGUCUUAAACUUAUCUAAAUCAUUCUCUUUCCUAAUAUAGUCCAGUAAACCGUUCCAUAUCUUUGGAGCAGCUGCAGUGAAUGAUAAAGUCCCCAAGAGUGCCUUUGAACUUAGAGGUAGGGUUUUGUAA